GAAAUCACUUCCGGUUUGGGCCUGUAAAGUGUGGGGGGUGGGUGAGCCGUUAGAUGCGACUGGAGCGUCUUUCCCGCGCCUGAGUUGUUGUCGCGGUGGCGGUUGUCAUGGCAGCGGCGGCCGGGCCCGGAGGAGGCGACCCGGCCACCUCUGCGGACGAAGGCGGAGGGACAAGGGGGAGCCCCCCCGGUCCGGACUCACGACGCCUGGGGCCGGGGGGGCGAGAGGAAGAGGAGGCGCCGAGGCAAGGCAGCGCGGGAGGCCUGGGCCACCAUAGCCGCCUGUCCUCGUCGCCGCCUUCUCGCGAAGCUGAAGUCACCGUGGAGAUUGGAGAGACCUACCUGUGUCGGCGAGGGGACGGGACGUGGCAUUCUGCAGAGGUGAUUCAGUCUCGGCUCAACGAACAAGAAGCCAGAGAGGAAUUUUAUGUUCACUAUGUAGGAUUCAACCGACGUCUGGAUGAGUGGGUGGAUAAGAACCGGCUGGCCCUCACCAAGACAGUCAAGGAUGCUGUGCAGAAGAACACCGAUCAAUACAUGAAUGAGCUUUCGGAGCAGCCCGAGCGCAAAAUCACGCGCAAUCAGAAGCGCAAGCAUGAUGAAAUCAACCAUGUCCAAAAGACAUAUGCCGAGAUGGAUCCUACCACAGCAGCUUUGGAGAAGGAACAUGAGGCGAUCACCAAAGUGAAAUACGUGGAUAAAAUCCAUAUCGGGAACUAUGAGAUUGAUGCUUGGUAUUUCUCACCAUUCCCAGAAGACUACGGGAAGCAGCCUAAGCUGUGGAUCUGCGAAUACUGCCUCAAGUAUAUGAAGUUUGAGAAGACUUACCGCUAUCACCUUGGCCAAUGUCAGUGGCGGCAACCUCCAGGGAAAGAAAUCUACCGCAAAAACAACAUCUCGGUAUAUGAGGUGGAUGGGAAAGAUCACAAGAUUUAUUGUCAGAAUUUGUGUCUUUUGGCCAAACUGUUCCUGGAUCAUAAGACCCUCUACUUCGACGUGGAGCCCUUUGUCUUCUACAUCCUUACUGAGGUGGACAGGCAAGGAGCCCAUAUCGUUGGCUACUUUUCCAAGGAGAAAGAAUCUCCAGAUGGAAAUAACGUGGCUUGUAUCCUGACCUUGCCCCCUUAUCAGAGACGGGGUUAUGGGAAAUUCCUCAUUGCAUUCAGCUAUGAGCUCUCCAAACUUGAAAGCACUGUGGGAUCCCCCGAAAAGCCCCUUUCGGACCUUGGCAAGCUGAGUUACCGUAGCUAUUGGUCAUGGGUAUUACUAGAGAUCCUUCGGGAUUUCCGGGGCACUCUUUCCAUCAAGGAUCUCAGCCAGAUGACGAGCAUCACGCAGAACGAUAUCAUCAGCACCUUGCAGUCCCUGAACAUGGUUAAGUAUUGGAAGGGGCAGCACGUCAUCUGCGUCACUCCCAAGUUGGUGGAGGAGCAUCUCAAAAGUGCUCAGUAUAAGAAGCCGCCAAUCACAGGUAGUCUUCGACUUACAACAGUUCGUUAAGAGAUCAUUCAAAGUUACAAUGGCACUGAAAAAUGUGGCUUAUGAGUGGUUUUCACAGUUAUAACCUUUCCAUUUGCCAUUUGUGACUUUCCCUGGGGACUUCCAAAAGCUACGUCAAUGGAGGAAGCUGGAUUUGCUUAAAGUCCAUGUGAUUUGCUUAAUGACUAUGGUAGAAUGGUUGUAAAAGUGGGUACAAUUAUUGCUUAGCAGCAGUAGUUCUGGUAUCAAUUGUGGUUGUAAAUUGAGGACUGCCUGCAAUGAGGUCAGUUUCCCAGUUUUUCCUCAAGCAGCAUUCUUAAACAACAUACGAAGAACGGUUGCAGGAAUUUGGUGUGUCUAGUCUAGUAAAAAGAAGGGCCAGGGGAUGACAUGAUAGCAGGGUUCCAAUAUUGGAGGCGCUGCCACAAAGAACAGGAGAGUCAACCUAUUUUCCAAAGGACCUGAAAGUAGGACAAAAAACUAACCAAGGAGAGAACUAGCUCAGAAAUAAGGAGAAAUUUCCUGUCAGUGAGAACAAUCAACCAGGGGAACAGCUUGCCUUCAAAAAUUGUGGGAGGCUUUUGAGAAGAGAUUGGACAGUCAUUUGUCUGAAAUUGUAUAGCGUCUCCUGUUUGAGCAGGGGGUUGGACUAGAAGACCUCCAAGGCACCUUCCAACUCUUUAUUAUUCUGAGUUCUAUUUUUUCACCUCCAUGCUUAUGGAGAGCUCUCCUCAGGCCAUUGCCUACGUUGAAAUCUGCUUGCUUCUAAACUUGUCCUGUCCGUUUUGUUUUCCUGAAUCAUGGAACUGCUUUCCUGUCUUUGCUGUGCCCUUUAAUCCCAACUAAACUGACGUUCUUGGGAUUCCUUCCAAGGAAUGGACUUCAAACUGUUCAGUCUCCUAAGCAAUUGAUUUCAUUUCCCUUGCACCAGCCCAGACAGUUAAUAUUUAACUCCCAUAAGAUAGCCAGGGAGGAUUAUUUAUUCAGGUUACCAUAUCGGAAUGAAGAAGAGACGCUGAGAAAAGGCUAAUCUUUUAUUUGAAGCAUGUUUCAUAUGAUGGAUGUUCAUAGGGUGAUAUUGUUUUAGAAGAAAGUGUUGCCAGUCUCCACUUGCCCCUUUCAUUAACAGAAUUGGAAGGGACCUUGUAGGUCAUCUAGUCCAACCCACCCACCCCCCAAGCAGGAGACCUGACACCAUUCUGACAGAUGGCAUUCCAGAGCUUUGGGUCAGAGCACCCAAGGACAAACACAGUAGCUAAGGAAAAAAAAUACUUUUUUGAUUGUUUGGUGGAACAUAAAUCAUUCAGCAUAUAGUGUGUACUCAAUUUAUGCUGUUUCAUGUUUGAGUUUCCACUCAUAGCUGGAUGUUUAUCUAACCUUGGCUCACUUUAUACCACUUCAACCUGUGCACACCGGAUCUUUCCUGUUUUUCAUCACAAGCAGCGGUAUAACAUAAAACGCAAAGAAACUGAAAUAUUUGUAUAUUAUGAGUAUAAACAUUUAAAUGACUCCUCACUGCACUAUAAAGCCGUUUCCUCAAUUAAGCCAGACAACUCGCUCUGAAUUUAUUGACAACUGUGCCAGGUAUCUGUUAAGAGUCAUCUCGAAAGAAAUUAGAUGUUACAGAUUUUUGCUGAAAGAGGUAUUGUUAUUUUUUCCCCCAGGGAGCGGAUGACGUUGCUCCUGUUACGUAAAUAUGUCAUUUAUGUAACAGGAGCUUCAGGGAGAUUAUUUGGACCCCCUCCCAGAUCUCUUUCCUUUUCAAAAGGGGGCUGGGUCAGGAGCUGCCUACUGGGCGGGGCAGAAGGUCUGUGAAGCUGGUACAAACAAGGCAUAAACUCUUGCAUUGUAGCCUGAAUGGCCACCAGGGCCUCUUAAAUCUAAAAUGAAUCUGCCACGGCACUUGCAAGUAGUUCUCAGGUUAUUACCAUAGUUGAGCCCAAAAUUUCUGUUGCUAAACAAGACAGUGACUUCGGCUUAAUUUUACAGCCUUUCUUGGCACAGCUGUUAAGUGACUCACUGUAGUUGUUAAGUUAGUAAUGCAGUUAUUAACUGAAUCUGUCUUCCCCAUUGACUUGGCUUGUCAGAAGGUCACAAAAGGGAAUCCCCCAUCCCUGGGACACUGCAGCCAUCAUAAAUAUGAGCCAGCUGCCAAGCAUCCAGAUUUUAUGAAAAAUGGUCAUAGGUCAAUUUUUUUAAUGCUGCUGUAACUUCAAACGGUCACUAAAUGGUUGUAAGGCAAGCCUGCAUUUGUGUUUGCCAUUAUUAGUCCAAGGCAUAAUUUUAUUCAAGGUGGUAUCUGUUGCACUUUCUCUAGUCCUCAAUUUGGUUAACCUGUUGUAUUUUCAUCUAUAUUCUUAGUUGAGGCACAGACAUCCAUGCCCCAUUAUAUUCGAGAUAGUGAUGGACUUUGUCUGACAGCUCUGCCUUUUUCCACUUACCUGUUCAGACCUAAGUCUUUUUCCCCCCUCUUU